UCCACAGAUACAACACACUCAGGGGAAAUUGGCACCAAGAAAAAGGUGAAAAGACUGUUAAGCUUUCAAAGAUACUUCCAUGCAUCGAGGCUGCUUCGUGGAAUUAUCCCACAGGCCCCUCUCCACCUGCUGGAUGAAGACUACCUUGGACAAGCAAGGCAUAUGCUCUCCAAAGUGGGAAUGUGGGAUUUUGACAUUUUCUUGUUUGAUCGCUUGACAAAUGGAAACAGCCUGGUAACACUGCUGUGCCACCUCUUCAACACCCAUGGACUCAUUCACCAUUUCAAGUUAGAUAUGGUGACCUUACACAGGUUUUUAGUCAUGGUUCAAGAAGAUUACCACAGCCAAAACCCGUAUCACAACGCCGUCCAUGCAGCCGAUGUCACCCAGGCCAUGCACUGCUACCUGAAGGAGCCAAAGCUCGCCAGCUUCCUCACACCUCUGGACAUCAUGCUUGGACUGUUGGCUGCAGCAGCCCACGAUGUUGACCAUCCCGGGGUGAACCAGCCGUUUUUGAUCAAAACUAACCACCACCUUGCCAACCUGUAUCAGAAUAUGUCUGUGCUGGAAAAUCACCAUUGGCGAUCUACAAUUGGCAUGCUUCGAGAAUCCAGGCUUCUUGCUCACUUGCCAAAGGAAAUGACACAGGAUAUUGAACAGCAACUGGGCUCCUUGAUCUUGGCAACAGACAUCAACAGGCAGAAUGAAUUUUUGACCAGAUUGAAAGCUCACCUCCAAAAUAAAGACUUAAGGCUGGAGGAUGUACAGGACAGGCACUUUCUGCUUCAGAUUGCCUUGAAGUGUGCUGACAUUUGCAACCCCUGCAGAAUCUGGGAGAUGAGCAAGCAGUGGAGUGAAAGGGUCUGUGAAGAGUUCUACAGGCAAGGUGACCUUGAACAGAAAUUCGAACUGGAAAUCAGUCCUCUCUGUAACCAACAGAAAGAUUCGAUCCCUAGUAUACAAAUUGGUUUCAUGACCUACAUCGUGGAGCCACUCUUCCAGGAAUGGGCCCGUUUCACCGGAAACAGUGCCCUGUCUGAGAACAUGCUAAGCCAUCUUGCACACAACAAAGCCCAGUGGAAGAGCCUGCUGCCCAAGCAACACAGAAGCAGUGGAGGUGGCUGUGCUGGUGGCAGCCCAGACCACACAGACCACGGGACUGAGAAUGAGGAGCAGACUGUGACUGAAGGCAUCGCCCCCUAGUGCCAGCCAGGCCUGCCCCCUGCUCUGCACACAGAGAAUGAGAACCGCCUUGAGCAGAGACCUCCUGAGAGGGGAGUUCUAGGAGCUCUUCACCAUUAACCCAGCCACUCUCUGGGUUUCAUCCUGGGGCUCUUUGGAAUGCCACCUUGCUCCCACUCACCUGCCUCCCCUCCUUCUUCCAAGUGUACAGAAGCCAUUCAUCACCUCAGCAUUAGCUGCCGAAAUGAGCAACUCCAUUCAGUAACAUGGGAGCCGAGUCCAGGGGCAGGCCUGCCCCUCACGGAGAAGACUGGGAGAAAGAAAGAGGUGCUACUGCCAUGUCCCCACGGCCCUGGGUCACACUGUGACAGGCAGCAGUUCCUAAGUCCAGAGCAUUUUAGCAUUUGUCAUCUGACUGCUGAUCUGCAUGACAAAAACACCAGCAUAUUUGGAACUCCAAGGAUAUUGGUCUUAAGUGCAAGAGCACAGAUGAGAGCAUGAGAGAAAGAACCUUCUAUUUUAAUAAUAAUUAUUAUUAUUAUCAAAUAAUAAUAAAUCUUUUUAACUUUUAUAUUUUAUGCACUAGACAAUGGAUCUAAAACUUUGGACUAAGACCCAAACUUGAACAGGGGGUUCAUCGUUUUGUUACUGACUUUAUGCCACUUUGGGUCAGAGAUUUGGCAUCUUCUCAAUUUAAGAAUCCACGUUUCCUAUCCAAUCCGAGGGGAAGGUGCUGUACAGUUCAUUCCUUUGCACCAUUAGCCAAUCUAUCUUUUAUCAAUAACUCAGUUUCAAUGACAUGUUUAUAUUCACCACAUGUAUAUUUUCUGUAAAUACCAAGCGCUACUGAUUCCCAUGCCAAAAUACAUGAGUAUUAUGGGAUUGCUACCUGUAUAAACAACGGCACUGUGAACAGAAUCCUGUUAGUUUUAAUACAAGAGAAUGCAUUUGUAAAUAUGGUAUAGAGUUUAUUAAUAUACUAUUGUUUGCAGAUAAAGGCCUUAACUUUAAACAUCUUUCAUCUUCUGAAAGCUGCCCAACUUCAGUCCUCACAGAUGUCCUUCUGAACUUCCUUCCCCUAUCCAUCUUUCUGCAUCCCAGCUAAGGUCACAAAUCAAACCCAAUAAAGUCUUGGAGGAAAGAUUCUGGAAACUUCACGUGCAUUCCACUUGAGACCACAGCAUUUGAUCUGUGGCACCAAGCAUCAUUUCCUCAGAUUAACAAGACCCUUCGGCCAGCCUGAAGUCACUUUUCAACGCAGCGAUGUUGCACAUUCUGUCCCCCGAGCCCCCGAUGAGCUUGUGUUUAUGUGACUCUUGUCAUGGAACAUGGCAGUGGGUCAGCCUUGCAGGAGACAUGGCAGGUCUCAGGAGUCUCUAUGGCCCUGUCACCUAAGCGUCAGGGAAUUCCCUGCCCGCCGCCCACCCUCCCGUUCAUGACUGUAGUACCAAAGCACCUUUGGUUAAUGGUUGGCGUGCAUUUCUUUGGUGUUCGUCAUAACUGGAUUUUUCUUUUUCUGUAAUUUCAUGUGAAUAGCUACCCCCCUGUUUAGCUGAAGAUGGGUGACGCUAUUUAAGUAGAGAACAUAUUUUCUCACAGAAUUUACCUUUCUGGCAGGCAUUCUGCUGAAUCACGGCUGUCACUAGCAGAAUCAGCUGGGAAUUUUGUGGCCAUUUUUCUUCUGCACACACUUGGCUGUAAUUCAGCUUGUGACAGUCUUCUCCAGCCGGCUAACCUUUGUGCAUUGAACCUUCUGUGUAGCAGCCCCAGCAUCACUAACGUUAGGCGAAAACCGGCACUGUCCUUUCUCUUUACUGUAAACGGGGUGGAGGUGGAGGUGACUUUAUGAUAGUGUCUGCCGCUAUCCAGCUGUUUCACAAUAGA